AAAACUCAAAAUUAAAGUAGAGAGUGAUUGAGGAAGAUACCCAACGUCGACCUCUGAUCUCAGCACACGAACUGCAUAUGGAGUGUGGUCCUGUACACAGUGAGACUGCCCACCAGCAGGCAUUUUCUGCCAAUCCUCUCUGCUCUCCGUAACUGCACGUGGGUGUUGGCUGCUGAGCAGGGGGCAGAUGCCUCACAGCAAGUGGAAGCCCAGAGCUGUAUGGGUUGCCCCGUUCUCGUGGAAUGACAUGAAGGGGCUGCUCUAGGACGCUGUCUGGGAGACCAUUUCCCCUGAAGAAAAAGUGAGGAGGGUGGAGCUUCUUGGGUUGGGAAAAUUCUAAGGCUAUGAGUCAUGUUGCCAAAGGCAAGCAGAACUUCCAAGUCACGCUAUUUAUUGAAGGCCGAAGAUGCUGGUACCCAUAGAAGAGUGAACCGUGCCUCAGUCAGAAGACGUUCCUGUUUGCAGGCCACACACCCAGGAGAGGCAGGAUGGGCACCGCUGGAAAAGUUAUUAAGUGCAAAGCGGCUGUCCUAUGGGGAGUGAACCAGCCUUUCUCCAUUGAGGAAAUCGAGGUGGCCCCACCAAAGGCUAAGGAAGUCCGUGUUAAGAUUUUGGCCACAGGAAUCUGUCGCACAGAUGACCAUAUAAUAAAAGGAUCGAUGGUGUCUAAGUUUCCAGUGAUUGUGGGACAUGAAGCAGUUGGGGUUGUGGAGAGUGUUGGAGAAGGGGUCACUACAGUGAGACCAGGUGACAAAGUCAUCCCCCUCUUUCUACCACAGUGUAGAGAAUGCAACGCCUGCCUGAACCCAGAGGGCAAUCUCUGCAUUAGGAGCGAUCUGACAGGCCGUGGAGUAUUGGCUGAUGGCACUACCAGAUUCACCUGCAAGGGCAAACCGGUCCAGCACUUCAUGAACACCAGCACCUUCACUGAGUACACGGUGCUGGACGAAUCCUCCGUAGCGAAGGUUGACGGUGCGGCUCCGCCUGAGAAAGCCUGCUUGAUCGGCUGUGGAUUUUCCACGGGUUAUGGAGCUGCUGUUAAAACUGCCAAGGUCACCCCUGGCUCCACUUGUGUUGUCUUUGGCCUGGGAGGAGUUGGCCUGUCAGUCAUCAUGGGCUGUAAAGCAGCUGGUGCCUCCAGGAUCAUUGGAAUCGACAUCAACAAAGACAAAUUCCAGAAAGCUCUGGCCGUAGGUGCCACAGAGUGUAUCAGUCCCAAGGACUCUACCAAGCCCAUCAGUGAGGUGCUAUCCGACAUGACAGGCAACACCAUACAGUAUACUUUUGAAGUUAUUGGGCGUCUUGAGACCAUGGUUGAUGCCCUCUCAUCUUGCCAUAUGAACUAUGGGACCAGUGUGGUGGUUGGUGCUCCUCCGUCAGCCAAGAUGCUCACCUAUGACCCAAUGCUGCUCUUCACUGGGCGUACGUGGAAGGGCUGCGUCUUUGGAGGGUGGAAGAGCAGAGAUGAUGUACCUAAACUGGUGACUGAGUUCCUGGAAAAGAAGUUUGACCUGGACCAGUUGAUAACCCACACCUUGCCUUUUAAUAACAUCAAUGAAGGAUUUGAAUUGCUGUAUUCGGGGAAAAGCAUUCGGACUGUCCUGACAUUUUGAGUUCCAGAGACCUGGGUGUUCUGAGCUGGGCUACCGUGACCUGAAGCCUUGCUCCUGACAGUGUUCUCUGAGAUCACAAGUCUGUCUCAGAAGCACACAGAAGCAGAGCUGGGGAAAGACAGAGAAGCUUUCUAGAGUCUGGCAAACCUUUAUCUGCUUAGUUUACCGAGUGCCUAGGCUUCGCAGAGAACUCAGCAGUAACAAUAAAUGUUCUAAUUUGUGUUUUCCAAGGCUAUAAUUCUAUAUUUUAUAAGCAUGUACUUAGGGUUCUAUUUGUUGAAAGAGGGAUUGUUUUCAGAAUUUUACAGUUGUUAUGGCUUAAAACAGAUGUGGCAUGUAGAGAUGUAGAAAAUGAAUUUUUCAAGAAAUGACCAUCAAAACCACCAGAGCUCUCAUUCUGUUUUUUUUUAACAGAAACACUUUUAAAACAUGUUAUGAAUUAACUUGAAUUAGAUUGUGAAAUAGCACACAUAACUUGAUUAGAUUAAGAAAGAAAUUGGGAAAUUUAAGGGAAGGGCACAUUUUUCAAUGAUUAACUUGGAGAAUUAUCAUUAUAUAACUUUGUGACAUGGGAAAAGCACAGCCAUGUCUGGAGAUGUUAGUCAGUGUUUAUCAAUAUAAGACAAGACAUUUUUAGAAUAGCAAUUAAAUAUAACCGCAUUGUGAUAUUUACCAUACUAAGUUUAAUAAAGUCGAAUUACAAGCCCUUAAGUACAUAGUAAUAACUACAUUUAACAUGGGGAUUAUUUUUUUAUUUGCUGUAAUUGCACCAGCAUCUGUCAGUGGAGAUGUACAUAAAUUUACUAUGCAUUAAAAUUUCAUUAUGGUAUGUUUCA